CAUCGCCGCUCGCUGUACUCGGCGGGCAGUUUGAAUUUGUAACCGGCACGCGCUCGUUGGAUAUCUCUCACGCCGUUACUUCAUUAUAUACAUGUGAUGUUCGUGUACAACGAUUCAUGAACUUGGGUUUGUAUUCUCGAUCCUUGUACGAUAUAACCCGACUAAUAAGUUCAGUUUCACUGUCAGAUUUGGUGCGAUUGUGCGUAUUUUUUUCCAAUUCUUUAUUUAAAGCUGCUGAAACUACUCGACGAGUCUGCUUCGCACGCGUUUGGUUCGCUAUCAGGAUCUAAACAUGCCACCUGGCGUUGCAGUGUCCCCAAGUUCGAUUUCGUCGGGCUACGCUGCUUGUUCAUUGAUCAACGUGGACAGACAAGAUCAACAACAGACUCUCCGUGGUAAUUUUUCGGAAAAUAUGGAUUCACAUUUGGGAAUCAGUAGCAGCAGUAGUAGCAGUAGCAGCAGUAGCAGCAGCAGCAGCAGCAGUGCAAGCAGUGUAGAGAGUGCUGAACUUUCUGAUAAAGAUCAACUUCAAGUGCAAUCCUGCUAUAAAGGCUUAAAAACACAGGUGUACGUGUGCGGAUCGAUGGCCAACUUGUACGUGCACAACUCGUCUCCGGAAGGCAGCUGGGACUUGAAGUUCACCGGGAUCCCGGUCGUGCUGUACGACAGCGGAGAGACCAGGUCCAGAGACAAGCCACGCAUCCAGAUACUUCUCGUGGAACGCGGCACGUGUUUCGCCCUGUGGCGGGACACUAUCGACAACUUGACUUCGUACAAGGUCUCCAGCCAAGGAUUCCACACCAUGUGCUUGUCGACCGAUCACACCCAGUUGAUCGGAUUGAGCUUCGACUGUUCGGAAGCCGCCCAGCAGCUGUGGUCGCACAUCGACCGGCUCACUUCCGAUCCGGAGAACAUCCGGCUGUCCGGUCCCGGAAACCGAUCGAAGAGCGCGCGGAAACAGAAACACAGGCCGGCCCCGGUCCGCCGGCUGCCGGACAAGUCGCACAUAUCGCAACCGUGCUGUUUCGAGCACAUCACCAACGUCGAGGUAUCCGACCGGUCCAGAUACUUGUCGCUGCAAAGUCUAGUGCCGACUCCGGGGAUGGUAUCGCUCGACGCACCGUGACCUACAAACGGGAACGUGACGAAGACCCGCGGAACGGUUCCGGUAUACGGCGGCGACGGCGGUGCACAUCAUAAUAAUAUAUAAUUAUUAAUUUAAUAUUAAAUAGAAGAAGGGAUCUCUGUACAUAGUCAGUUAUUUUGUUGUUGCGAGAAUCGGCAAACACGUUGUAACGAAGAGUUGACUAUAAUAUUAUAAACACUCGACGCGUCCGAUCGAAUCCUUUUAUAAGUAUACAAUAAUAUGUAAUAUUCUUUAUCCUAGUCCGCACCGGAAAACGUAUUACAGCGCAGAUAUUACAAUAAUACGGUAUUAAUUGUGAGAAGUCGUAGUAGGAUGUCGUUCGCGUUGAACGGGAGCGUAAAACGUUACAAUACCCAUUACGAUCCCAUGUAUACUAUAUUAUUAUAUACAAUAGUAAUAAUUAAAUAUAUAUACAUAGAAAUCGAAGUCGUGAUAUUAUGUUAAGCUUAAGAGUAGUUAUGUCGCCAACGGUAAAUUAUGCAUGUUCAUUGUUCAGUGUUUGUAAACUGUUUGAUAAAAAUGUAUGUUUUAUGGCAUAAACUAGUUGUUGUAAAUAGCAAUUAAGAUAUAUUUGAACGAAAUUAUUUAAGUAUGCAUUACGCCCAAAUAUAAUAUAUAUAAUGGAUGUCAUUAAUAAGACAUUUUACAAGCUUACAAAUUCUUGUACGCUCGUAUCCUUUAUUAUUAUUGCCUUUACAUAAUAUUAUAAAUAUUCCAUAACCACGAAUGCUUGUGUAAACUCUCUAAGUUAUGUUUAUAAUAUGUUAUUACCUGUUAUGUAAUUGUAUGAAUUUAUGACAAUUUUUUCUUAUAUACU